UUGCAAAAUAGGCGUGAAUUUUUGAUUGGAAAAAUGCCGGCGUACGAUAAUGAAGGCGCUACCAUAUCAUUGGAAGAUGUACGGGAUGUUGGGGAGGCCAGUGCUGUCAACACGAUAGAAGAACAGUUAAAUGCUAGAAGAAUGAGGCAGUUGAGGUCGCAGAAGUCAACAGUUGCUUCUAGAAGGCAACAGGCCGUGUGCGUGAGGCGUGCUCAUAAAAAUUAUGGACCUAAGAAGAAUCCAAAUGUUAUACUUGACGGGUUACAUAUGACCGUGCCAAAAGGAGCUAUUUAUGGCCUUCUUGGUGCAUCAGGUUGUGGAAAGACAACACUACUCUCUUGCAUCGUGGGCAGACGUAGACUGAACAGUGGAGAAAUUUGGGUGCUUGGUGGCACACCAGGAGGACGUGGAAGUGGAGUGCCUGGCCCCAGGAUAGGAUACAUGCCUCAGGAAGUAGCGCUUUUCGGAGAGUUUUCAAUACGUGAAACCAUGACUUAUUUUGGUUGGAUCGCAGGCAUGAAGUCUAGGGAGGUGGAUGAGAGAACGGACUUUUUGAUAGCCCUACUGCAGUUACCGAACCCUACCAAGCAAGUAAAGAAUUUAUCCGGAGGUCAAAUGCGUCGAGUAUCGCUCGCGGCUGCGCUGCUGCAUGAACCAGAGCUAUUGAUAUUGGAUGAACCAACUGUGGGAGUCGACCCCGUAUUGAGACAAAGUAUCUGGGAUCACCUCGUCGACAUCUGCAAAGGAGGAAAGACGACCGUUAUUAUCACAACGCAUUACAUUGACGAAACUAAGCAGGCUAAUAUUAUUGGUUUGAUGCGUGGUGGCAGAUUUCUUGCUGAAGAAUCUCCAACUGAACUGAUCCGACGUUAUCAGGCCGACAGUCUCGAGGAUGUAUUCUUGAAGCUAGCAGUUCUGCAGAAUAAGGGCAAACGUCGUCGCUCCAGUAUUCUUGCGAACGUGGUGGAGAAGGUGGAACUACCACCAAUACCCGAUCCAGCUGUAUUAGACAUAGAAGAUGCAGAGAUUGGUGAGAUAUCUGGUGAAUUCGGUGACAACGUUUCCAUGAGCAGCAAAAGUCGAGUCGUGGUGGCAACAGAACUUAACUCACCCGUAGAGGACCUGCCUCCAGAAGAGGAACCGCCAAAUGGCUGUCUCGAACGCAUAAAACCGAUGAAAUGGAACCAUAUGAAAGCACUAGUUUGGAAGAAUUUCCUUAGUUUAUUUAGAAAUUUUGGAUUGAUUGCAUUUAUCAUUGGAUUGCCAGUAUCGCAAAUGAUACUGUUCUGUCUCGCUAUUGGCCAUAAACCAAUCGGUUUACCCAUCGCGGUGGUAAACUAUGAGAUGGGCCCCAACAACACGUCACCAAUCUGUGAAUACGACAAGACAUAUUGCCCUCAAAAUCAAGAAACAUACGAGUGGAAUUUGACAAGAUUUAGCUGUCAAUAUUUAGAUUAUUUGUCGCAACGCCAAAGCAAUUUGGUCUAUUACCCAACAAAAGAGCAAGCUAUGCGAGCUGCGGGGAGAGGUAAAGCUCGCCUUGUUUUGGUAUUCCCAGCUAACUUCUCCGAAUGUGUUCAAAUACGAGUGACAGAUCCUAGACAUGCUGAUGAAUUCACUGUUAUGAAUUCAGCGAUGGAAGCUCAUAUGGAUGACACUGAUAAACAAGUGGAAUGGAUGUUGGCGCGAGAACUUCAAGCUGCUUUCGUAGAUGCAACGGAACAUCUUGCGAAAGUUUGUAACUUGCCAAAAAGGAUCAUGGCAUUGCCUGUAUACUUUCAUGCACCAAUCUACGGUCUCGAGGAUCCUGAUUUCACAGAUUUCGCUGGACCAGGAGUUAUCCUUACGAUUAUCUUCUUUUUGGCAGUCGCUUUAACUUCUGGUUCAAUGUUGGCUGAACGAAAUGAAGGAAUUUUGGAAAGAUCACUCGUAUCUGGAAUUACUGGAACCGAAAUUCUGUUCUCUCACGUGUUGGUACAGAUGAUAGUGAUGAUAAUCCAGACUGUUAUGGUACUUGUGCUUGGUUUCGCCGUUUUCGGUCUUACCAUCAACGGUCCAGUGGGCUGGGUUAGUGUGCUCACUCUCAUUAUCGGAUUAUGUGGAAUGACAUUUGGUUUCGUGGUUUCGUGCCUUUGCGACACUGAAAGGACGGCGACUUAUUUAGCAUUAGGCUCAUUCUUGCCAAUGAUGUUGCUCUGUGGAAUUAUAUGGCCAGUUGAAGGCAUGCAUCAAGUCCUUCAAUGGAUCAGUUACGUGCUUCCACUCACUAAAUCAACGGAAUCCCUCCGUUCGAUGCUGCAGCGCGGUUGGACGGUCACUGUACCUACAGUUUACUCCGGUUUCAUUUCGACUGCAAUUUGGAUCGUCGUUUAUCUUACAGUUAGCAUUUUGCUCAUCAAAUUUAAGAAAGGAUGA